GGAAUUUUAAAUAAUGGACAACCAAAUGUGAUUAAGAGUUUGCUGUAAGGUUUAUCUUUUUUUCUGUCUUGCAAAGCAUAUGAUUAUAAAAAUGGGGUAUGUCAGCGUGGUAUCAGUCACUACUCAUGUUUAAGAGGCAUUUUUUAGGGCCUUAGUCAACACUUAAAAAUUGUCUCAAGCACAUAAAAUAAAAUUCUAAUUCUGAAAAAAGUUCAUGAUUCUUGAAAAGUUGUACAUAUUUUUUAAAUUAAGCAAGAUGUCUAAAAAUAGUUCCCCAGAAUGACUUUUGAUAUUUCAGAUUUCAAUUUUGUGGCUUUUCCAUUCUUUAUUCUAUAUUCUGCAGCCAACAUAUGUGAAGCCUCAUCUAUUCAUUGUGACUUGUGCCAUAUAAAAUUGAUACUCUAGUCUGAGGGACUUUGUGUAUUUGAGUUUAAUUUUGUUUCUAAUAUUCUUUAAAGCUUAAAUACUAAGGCAUAUCCUUUCAACAAAGCAUAAUAAGGUAAUUAGUGAAAGUAUAGCUUGUACAAAUGUUUUGAAAAUAACACUUGGUGGAAUUUGUUAUUUCAAGUUUACAUUUUUCAAGUUAAUAUUACAUGUGACUUACUGAAAGUAAAUGUCAUUAAUGUAUAACAGACGUAUGGAAAGUAUAUACCUUUUAGGAAUAUCGAUAAGUAUAGUUGAAAACUACUGAAGUCAAAUUCUGAUUUGUAAGAAUAAGUCAGAUGGCAAAAAUAGCAGUUGCUGGCAUUUUUUCCCUUAUUGUGCUCAUUACACUAAUUUAAACUACUUGGUUGAGUGAAUGCCAUCACCAUUUCCAUUGAGAAUUUUAAAAAUCACCAGUGUUUAACAUGCAGGCUUCCAAAGGCUCACAAAAAAAUCAAGACCCUUAAGUUUAGUUUAUUUGUGAACUUUUUUUUUAUUCUUGCCAGAUAAUUAGUCACAUGUCUAAAACUUAGAUGGCAUGACUUGAUUAGCAGUGCCACUGCUACGAGGUUUGUGAAUGGAAGCAAUAAGUAUUUAAUCUUACCUAACUGGUAUAAGAAGAGUCCAUAAAAUACAAACAAGCAAUAUAACAGGAAAGAAUAUUUUAAAAGAUGACAUGGCAGGGGCUGAUUUUCCUAUAGAAUUACAUAGCUGUAGGAAACCUAAUGGUUGAGUUGCUUAUCAGCGGUUUUAAAUUUUAGAGCAAAUCUAUUCUUUUAUGACCAUGAUUAUGCUAUUUUUCCAUCUUUAGAAAGAUUUUCCUUACAGGUAUGUCAAUGUAAAUAGCUACUCUGACAUACAUAUUGGUUGACAGCUUUAAAAGUUUAUAAUGUGAGCUUUUCCCUUUUGCGGCCAUCGCUGAAGCACCGGCGGCCAAAAUGAAGUUCAAUCCUUUUGUGACUUCUGACCGGAGCAAGAAUAGUAAAAGCCAUUUCAAUGCGCCAUCCCACAUUCGUAGGAAGAUCAUGUCUUCCCCUCUUUCCAAAGAGCUGAGGCAGAAGUACAAUGUCCGAUCCAUACCCAUCCGGAAGGAUGAUGAAGUUCAGGUUGUUCGGGGACAUUAUAAAGGACAGCAAAUUGGCAAAGUAGUCCAGGUUUACAGGAAGAAAUAUGUCAUCUACAUUGAAAGAGUGCAGCGGGAGAAGGCAAAUGGCGCAACCGUUCAUGUGGGCAUUCACCCCAGUAAUGUGGUUAUCACUAGACUAAAGCUGGACAAAGACGGCAAAAAGGUCCUAGAACGCAAAACCAAAUCUCGCCAAGUAGGAAAGGAAAAGGGCAAAUACAGGGAAGAAACAAUUGAGAAGAUGCAGGAAUAAAAAAGUCUUAUAUACAACUUUCAUUAAAAACUUAAAAUGAAAAAAAAUUAAAUAGAAGUUUAUAAUGUGAAGACAAGAAAGAACAAAUUUUCGUUGGUAGUAAUAUCUUUAGUUCUUAAAUUAGCUAUUUUGAGAAUACCCAAGACAACAAAAUCACUUUUAAUCCCACCACCUGGGGAGAUAGCCUUUAUUAAUACUUUAGUUACUAUACAAUAGUUUUUUUUCUGUAAAUAUUUAAAACUUGUGUGUACUCAAAACGAUUGAGCUUUUGUCAUGGAUUCGUAGUAUGUUAAAUCAGAGUGGACUGAUUUGAUUCUAAUACUACAAAUGAAGGUUAUAUGCAAUUAGAGACCCCUUUUCACUUUAGUGGGUUAAUGGGGAAUGUUUAAAUAUUGCUGGCAUCAGAAUAAUAUAUGUCUAAAUAGUUAUAUUUAUUUAGCACAGACAAGCUUAAUAUUGUAGAUAUUUCAAAAACCAUUUUAAACAUUUGCAUUUGGAAAUAUGUGUUACUAGGUUAAAGAGAAUGUGUAAAGCAUGUUUUAGUAGUUAACUUCAUCACCUUUUAUUUCCCUUAUAGGUUGGAAAGAAAAGAUGAGCUUUGCAGUUCUUAUAGUUCCCACACAGUUGCUCAAGUUAAAAUGAAUUACUUUUAAUUCCUGCAAAGAAAAAGAAGAAAGAAGAGCUAUGGCUGGUUUAUCACCUGGUUGUUUUUAUGUGCUCAUGGACUUCCAUCACUUAAAAAACAAUAUUUCACAAAUGGUUUACUUCCUUUAGCUAUGGAACUUAACAUGUUUAGUAUAAUGGGGGGGGUCUAAUAACAUGCAAAAUUCUUUUUGAGCAUUUGAGAAUUUUAUUGGAAAUUUAGCUGGAGAGCACUAUAUAACUUAUAAACCAAUAUAUUGCUAUUUUAAUAUUUUUACAUAUAUGAAUAAAAUCAACUGCCAUCUUAGAGCAUUAUCACAUUUUAAAAUAAAGCAUAUUUUUAAAUGAAUUGUUUAAUAAGGAUUUACAUUUUUCAUUUUUUGAUGAAAAAUAAUUCAUAACAUCUUUGAUGUGUAUAGAUUCCCACCUGUCAUUAAAUGGUUAGAGAUUUUAUUUGUAUGUACUAGAACAUGUCAUGACUCUAGUGCUUCAAUUUGUCAAAUCUAUUUACUGCAGUGAAAUUCUUAAAAUGUUUACAUGUGGCUUUUUGUAUCAUAUCAUUUAUUGGCUUUUAUGUGCACCGUUAGGAAUUUCUGCCUACUAUACAGUUGUCCAAAUGAUAACCCACAUUUACAAAUGCUCUUUAAAGUUCUAUUUUUUUAAAUUGUUUUAAUGCCCUAGUGGGCAGUUUUUAAGUGUGUUGGUGUGUGCACGCAUGUGCACAGGUGUGCAUGAAUGUGCAUGUGUGUGUGUGUGAAUUAGAUUUUUGAGAGUGCUGGACUCCAACAUUAGCAAUUAAAUAGUUUGAUUCAGGUGAACAGUUUUCUCUCUUCUCACUGGAAUGUCACAGUUCAUUGUAAUGAAAAUAAUGUUAAUCCUGAAUGACCUUUAACAUACAAUAAUGAAUCUUGGAUAUUAAUGAAUUUGUUAGUAGCAUAUUGAUUUGUGCAUUUGUGAGUUCUUUUCAAAGUUGUGCAUUUAACCAAAGUUGGCAUAUUGGAAGUGUUUGUGUUAAGUACUAUUUGGCUACUGAUGGACUUAAAAAUAGAAAUGCUUUCCU